AUGAUGCAGAUACGUAGAAGCUUGAGACAACUUUUAAGGUUUUCUCGGCGCAUUUCUUCUGGAAUAUACUUAGGGCAGAGCGGAGAAGCCAGGAGAGGUUACUCUGUCUCCACUUCAGUCGCCCCAUUUCGUUCAUUUCUUAGAACCACCAACUACCCAGGAAUACUUUGGUGGAACUUCUCUUAUUCUCAGAGGUACUCGACAACAUCAGAAGAAGCAUCUACUAGUAUUCCUGCCCCUGCAGCAGAUGAUGACGUGGUCUCCUUUGUUCGAUCCAUUGCCGAUGAGCAUGAAGGCCCAAAUCAUGUUUGGUUAAAUGUAUAUUAUGGAGAUAAACCCUUCUUGAAGAGAAAUGGGACAUUUUUAAUCCUCGCUGGACAGUUCUUACAGGAUUCUGAAAUAAUUGCCAUGCUUGAAAAAGUGAAGUUGCUUCAGCAGAGAUUCUCCGAACUUUGUGUUUUGGGCCUUCAUACCGGGAGUUCUGCUAGCUUCGCUGCUGAUCGAGAUCAUGUUAUUGACUUGAUAAUGAAAGAAUACAUCACCUUCCCCAUUCUGUUGUCAAACAAGAACUUCACAGAGUUGGAAAACGGAGCCUGCUACAUUAUGUUCAGAGACUCUGAGAAUCAUCUAGUUCAGCAUGAGAAGGAUCUGGAUAUUGGAACACUUUAUGCAGUGGUAGAGGAGAUGCAAGUACUACAAAAACAAAAUCGUGGUGAUGGAAACUCCAGCAUGGCUUAUUUGAAAAGCACUUGGACAAAACUAGCUGAUGAUGUGAAGGAACCAUACAUUGUUUCACAGAACUUGCUUCUCUAUUUCCCAGGCUGUAUAUCUGCAGAUAUAAGUGGCAGUCGGCUAUUCUUUUCUGACACCAAUCAUCACCGUAUCAUCAUUUCUUAUGGUAAUGGAAGUAUUCUUGACUGUAUUGGUUCUUCUCCAGGUUUUGAGGAUGGAGACUUUGAGUGUGCCAAGCUAUUGCGCCAUGGAGCUUCCUUUUACGAUGACACUGAGGAUUUCAGGAGAGCUGACUUGGAGAGACGGGUUCUAGAGACGUUAUAUCCUUCUUCUAGUGCUACUGUAGAAAAGGAAAGUCUAUGGACAAAGAUCGCAAGUAAACUGGGCUUUGGAAUUGCUGCUGUUGAAGCUAAAUCCGAAGAGUUUUAUCCCCAGUCUUUACUGUUUCCUUGGCAUCUAUUGAAGUCAGAAGAGGAGGAUCACUGCUUAAUCAUUAACCGGAGCUUUGAGACACUAUGGGUAAUGGAUUUGACCACUGGAGAGAUAAAAGAUGUUAUCAAAGGAUUCCAAAAGAUUCGAGAUACCUGUGGAAAUUUGAUCACAGAUAAAUUCUCUCUCUUGAAGGAAAUGCCAUGUGAUUGGUUAGAACAGCAGGCUGGUACUUACUUGUCAAGUAAAGAUACCUUGUAUGCUACCCUCAUAUCAUCACUUACAACUUUCAACGGCCACGUGUUUGAUUGUGAUACAACUGUACAGAAGGUGGUGAAAAUGAAUAGAGAAACUAGGGCCUGCUCCAUGUUUCAGUUGGUGAAUUACAGGAUCCUUGGACUACCCUACUGGUGCUCCUUCCCACUAGAGAGGGUAUAUUCCCUUUCUCCAACUCAUGAGUUGUGGACUGAUCAUCUUCAACGCUUCAACCAAUUGCCAGGCAGGACAGACGUAGAUAUAAAGGUCGACAUUCCAAUAGAUACUGAACUGGUUGAACCAUUGCAUAAGGGAUGUAUCUGGCGUCAGGCAAGAGGAGCUGCUACUGAAGUCUCAGGAACAAACGCUGAACUGGAAUCUUCGGAAAAGGUUGGUGUUGCCCAGAAGUGGUAUGAUGAACUCGGUAAUCUGGCAUUUUCAUCGGCUGCUGAAUCAGAGACAAUUGUGGAAGAUGAUGAUAGCACAAUUGCAGACACUGAGAAUUUUGAGGACGACAAAGUUCGGAUUCAUUGUGCAGUUAAUACGAGCCCUGACUUGAGUGAGGUGAUCAUAUAUGCACCACUGUAUCUGAGACUCAGAAGAGAUGCGAAUGUAGACGAAGAAGAUAAUCAGGAUAAACAUGCAGCGAGGAUAGCUGCUAUCCUAAAAUGGGGUAGUCACGGCUUAACCACAAGAGAUUCAUGCAUUCAGCUCUUGUCAAGAUCAGGAAAGGAUUUGAGAGACCUCGUCUUUGUGAAACCACUGCAUGUCAGAAUAAGAAUAGAAUGCCCUAAUCACCCUAAGGCACUCGAUAACACGAAAGAUAUCAUAUUGACCAAUUCCACUGUUGAUGUCCAUGUCUCACUUUGA